UUUCAUUUGUGACAUUCGUCGAUUAUGGCUCUGAAGUCCAGGGAAAAUGGAUCCACGGGGCUUCCUCCUUGUGACAGGCCCGCCGAGUAUUCGAACCGCCGCUACCUUACGUGUCGCCAGACUGAAGUUCCUGGAAGCCAGGUGUGCCAUUGCGCUUGCAGGCCACAAAUCCUCCAGAAGAUUUCUGAUCCGGAUCUGCGAGUUUGGGCUAAAGAACUCCACGCUCUCUGGAAAUCCCUUGGGAGAAAGAUCAAACAGGAUGUACAGUUGCACCCAGAACUUUAUUCCCAAAUUUAUGUGCCUAAUCCAUUGAUUGUACCCGGCGGUCGAUUCAGGGAAUACUAUUACUGGGACUCUUACUGGAUAAUAAAAGGACUUCUGAUCUCUGAGAUGAAUACAACGGCAAAAGGAAUGAUUAAAAACUUCCUUCACCUCAUCGACAGAUUUGGCUUCAUCCCAAAUGGGGGCCGUGUGUAUUAUCAGCGAAGAAGUCAACCACCAUUUCUGGCCCUGAUGAUCGAGAGCUACAUCACCACUACAAAUGAUACAGCCUUUUUGAAGGAAUGCAUCGGUCCCUUAGACAAGGAGUAUGAAUACUGGAUGACAAAUCGAUCUGUGUCUUUCGCCUAUGGAGGCAAAAAUCAUUCUCUGAAUCGGUAUUAUGUUGAAGCAGCCGGCCCCAGGCCUGAGUCUUACAGUAAGGAUGUGGAAUUGGGACAGAAUCUAACAGAAGCUGAACGAAGACAACUCUGGGUGGAGCUGAAAACUGCCGCUGAGUCUGGCUGGGAUUUCUCAUCGCGCUGGUUCAUUGAUUCCAAUGGGGAGAAUAAUGGAACACUAAAAGACACAAAGACCACGCACGUCAUUCCUGUUGAUUUAAACUCCAUCCUGUGCAAGAAUGAGCAAAUCCUGGAACGGUUUCAUCAGCAGCUGGGUAACUCUGCAAAGGCCCGGUCCUAUAAGGAGGCUAGGAACAGACGGAUUGAUGCUGUGCGUGAAGUUUUAUGGGACGAUCGACAAGGAAUUUGGUUUGAUUUUAAUUUAAUGAAUAACAAGAGAAAUGAUGCAUUCUAUGCCUCCAACGUGGCUCCUCUCUGGGCUGAAUGCUUUGUUGAACAGGAGCCAGGACAGACCGCAGAGAUGGUGAUUCAAUACCUACAGGACCAUAAGCUUUUGGAUGGGGCUGGAAUUCCAACUUCGCUGAUGAGCAGUGGUCAGCAGUGGGAUUACCCCAAUGCCUGGCCUCCACUCCAGCAAAUGAUCAUUGAAGGUCUGGCAAAGUCUCACUCUACCAAGGCUAAGAGAAUUGCAUCGAACCAAGCACAGAAAUGGAUUCGAGCAAACUGGGUUGCGUACAUGAAGUACCAAGCCAUGUUUGAGAAGUAUGAUGUGUCUGGUGCAGCAGGCGGAGGUGGAGAAUAUGAUGUGCAGGUGGGAUUCGGAUGGACAAAUGGAGCAGCUUUGCAGCUUUUGGAUGAGUAUGGAAACGUGCUCGUAGCAGAGCCAUGAAGCCAUGACUGGAUUCCCCUUAUAUGCUAUACUUCAAAUUUCUUUAUUGUUCUUUUGGUUCUAAUACACUGGCUGUUUCAUGCAUUUUGUGUUUUUAUGAUGCCUCCACCAAUUCCUCUGGCAGUUUGUUCUAUAUGGACAGCUCCAUGUGGAAAGACAGAGUAAAUUUCUAUUUUAAGGUGUGUAAUGUAAGAUGAUGUUAGUUUAAAUAUGAUUUAUAAAGAAGAUCAUCUGGGAAAUAUAUUGUAUUCUAAUUAGGAUUAAAUACAUUAGAUCUUUGUGUUUGGAUCUGUAGUUUAAGAAGUUACAUUAUUUCCCAAGAUGUAAAGGUUUAAUGGGAACAAUGUCUUGUUAAUAUAAAUUGAGUAAUCACUGUAUCUUUUGUAUUUUCUGAAGUGGGUUCUGGGAAUUGUCUAUUUUUCGUGAAUUUCACUUUGUUGCAAUGAAAUCUGAACAAAGGAGUUAAACGCAAAUGCAAGGGAAGGGGGCCACAAGAAGUUAUGUGACACCUACAUCAGUUGCAAAUGUGGAAAUAUACUGGGAAUAAGUGGGAGCAAGUGAUUGGCUGGUAAUAAGGGAAUGUUAGCAAAUGAAUGGAUAUGGAAAUGUAACAGGGGUGGGGCAUGCUGAUUUGAAAAUGGUAUAAAAAGCGAUGAUCCUUUGUUUGGAGCGGGAGAGAGCUCCACGUGAUUUGAUGCUGGGGGAAAACCAACUUUUGUUUGCAAAUAAAAGUUAAGCUUCUUGAAGAAU